AUGGUGAACAUGAAGCUCGAAGAGUUUGUGGAGUACACCAAGCACAAGGCGACAAGCACAACGCUGGCUGCGGCGGACUCCGAUGAGGACAUUGGCGGGCCCGCGAGGCAGGAGGCGGGCUCGACCCAGCACUUCAGCGAGGAUGAGCAAGACUCAGCCGCCGACCUGGCGGCGGCGGAGGAGGCCGAGAAGGGCGACGCCCUCGCAAGAAAGGUUGUCACGACGACGGUGGCGGCGAAGGCUUCCGUGCUCCUCGUCAACCCGGCCCACUCCGUCGACGAGGAGAUGUUGCCCCGGCUGAACAGCCUGGGCGUGCAGCUGCUCUAG